GCCUGCCUGGCCAGAGAGAACUGGCCUGGCUCCAAGAAGCUCCCAGCACACUUCUCCGUCUUGCAGUCUGAGCAGGCGGCCUAGUCAGGGUCUGGCAAGACCUUACAGGGUUCCAGGGGCCAGGCCGGGUUCCGUUCUGGAGUGGGGCCCCCUGGCUGUGCUGUCACUGCAAAUCCAGCUUCUCUGCCCAGCUAGCCUGAUUGGAACCCUGUGGCAGCUCCUGAGAAAGUACUUUGGACUCUAGGAACAAAGGGAGAAGAUGCCUUUCCACCAUGUGACCGCCGGCCUGUUGUACAAGGGCAAUUACCUCAACCGAUCCCUCUCUGCUGGCAGCGACAGCGAGCAGCUUGCUAAUAUCUCCGUGGAGGAGCUUGAUGAAAUCCGAGAGGCCUUUCGGGUUCUGGACCGAGAUGGGAAUGGCUUCAUCUCCAAGCAGGAGCUGGGAAUGGCCAUGCGUUCUUUGGGGUACAUGCCGAGUGAGGUGGAGCUGGCCAUCAUCAUGCAGCGCCUGGACAUGGACGGGGAUGGCCAGGUGGAUUUCGACGAAUUCAUGACAAUUCUUGGUCCCAAACUGGUGUCUUCAGAAGGUCGAGAUGGUUUUCUUGGAAACACAAUAGACAGCAUAUUCUGGCAGUUUGACAUGCAAAGGAUAACUCUGGAAGAGUUGAAGCACAUCCUCUAUCAUGCCUUCCGGGACCACUUAACAAUGAAGGACAUUGAGAACAUCAUCAUCAAUGAGGAGGAGAGCCUGAACGAGACCUCGGGGAACUGCCAGACGGAGUUUGAAGGAGUGCAUUCCCAGAAACAGAACAGACAGACAUGCGUCCGCAAGAGCCUCAUCUGCGCCUUCGCCAUGGCCUUCAUCAUAAGUGUCAUGCUGAUUGCGGCCAACCAGAUCCUCCGGAGCGGCAUGGAGUAGCAGCCUCCCGCCACCACGCUGCUUCCCAGCUCAUUGCGCAUGUGCAUGCCCUGCGGGCAGACUCUUCCUCCACAAAUGCAGAUAAGGACGAUGCAGACCUGGCACAGUUCAGUGAAGAACCCAAGGUUGCAGUGCAACCAGUGUUGCAAAUCAAAUUUAUCUCCUUGGCAGGGACACAAAAGGGCUGUCUUAAAUGCUUUACUGGUUUUGUUUCCUAAUGCAAUAAAUAGCCAGGAGUUC